AGUAAUACCCGUGAAUUAAAUGACAAGACGAUCCACGAUGACGCUGGGACGGUGCCUGUUGCUGACAGUGGCUGGGUGUAUCUCAAUCCUGAGUUAGGCCCACCACAAUCACCGGCCAUUUUAUUCAUAAACACCACGCGGCUUCACACCAUAACGGUCACCUGGGUGGCAGGCGAUGAUGGCGGCUUUGACCAAACUUUUACCCUAGACAUUAAAGAGGCUAGUGAUGACGACAGUAGCUACGUCACCAAACUGACCAUGGCCGAUCCAGGUCACCGCAGUAAUGUGACGUCAGUUUUAGCUAAAUUGACUAUGGGCGUUACUUACACAUUAAGGCUGACGUCAACCAAUACAAAGCCCAUAGGAAUCAAUAGUGCUUCUGUUACAUCUAAUUUUACAAAUGGUGGAAGGGACUGCGCAGAGCUCUACAAGAGUGGCGAGGUAAGAAGCGGAGUUUACCAGAUUCACCCAGGGAACAGCGCAGAUCCCUUUGGUGUAUACUGUGACAUGACUACUGACGGAGGGGGAUGGACGUUGUUCCAGAAGCGCAUGGACGGUUCCGUGGAUUUCUACAGAGACUGGAAUGACUACAAACGCGGCUUUGGGAAUCUGAGCGGCGAACACUGGCUAGGCAAUGACAAGAUUCAUCUUCUCACUUCCCAAGACAACUAUGAACUACGCGUCGACAUGGAAGAUACUGCAGGUAUUUGGGCCUACGCCCAUUACAGCGACUUCAGUAUCUUAUCGGAAACGUCGAACUAUCAACUUAUGGUGGGGACGUAUUCUGGAGACGCAGGCGAUGAUCUCACCUUACACCACGGAUAUCCUUUCUCCACAAAAGACAUGGAUAAUGAUGCUGCGGUACACGAAAGUUGUGCACAGACUUUUCAAGGAGCUUGGUGGUAUGUUGCCUGCCAUUCAUCCAAUUUGAAUGGCCGAUAUCUCCUGGGCAACCAUGCCUCAUAUGCUGAUGGCGUUAACUGGUACCAUUUUCGAGGGCAUUACUAUUCCCUGAAGACUACCGAGAUGAAGAUUCGUCCUGUUCAUUAUUAGUCGAACUCUAGUGGAUGCGUGUGUAACGUUAUGACUGGAGUCACAAUUUUAUCUUUGCAUUUUAAUUAGCAUCUCAGAAGACAAAAAAAGCCUGCAUUGAUCCAGAAUAUAUACAAUAGUCUUUUGAUCUAUCAGAAAUAUCAUUCAUUGUAUCUUUGUAAGGCAGACACAACGUACCUAAUUGUCAUAAAAUUAAUUUUUCACUUAAUUUUUCUCUUUUGUGGGAAACUGGCUAUUAUAUUCUCAGCAAAGCUUAUUAUCCACAUAGGACCUAUAGCGAUAGAUUUAUUCAGCUGAUCUUGAACAAAUGGUUCCACCCUGCAUAUAUAUUGUACAUGUACGAUUCACAUCAAGAAAUAUG